AUGGAGAGAGAGAGGCAGCGCGAGGCGGACGCGCGCGCGCGGGCCGAGGAGGAGACGCGCGCGGAGAAGGCGAAGCUGCGGAGGGGGUACGACGCGCUGCAGGCGGUGCUCUCGAGCCGCCCGCCGCCGCCGCCGGGUCGAGAGACGACGACGACGACGACGACGACGACGACGACGACGACGACGACGACGACCGCGCGAGAGAGAAGCGCGGCGGCGCGGACGAGGGAUAAGAGCGCGGGCGACGAUGACGACGGCGCGACGCGGCGGAGACGCGACGCGCGCGCGAGCGCGCGGUGGAGCGCGCGUCGCGGCGCCGCGGGGGCGGCGGCGCGGGCGCCCGCGCGGCAGCCGUCGGCGUCGGCGGCGGCGCGACCGGACCGGCGGCCGCGACGACCAGCGUCGCAUCUGCGGGACGCGGCGGCGGUUGACGGGGAGGGGAAGCGCGCGCGCGCGGACCCGUACCGCGCCGCGCUGUUGACGCUCUGGGGAUGGUGA